UAUUUUCGGCCACGAUGUGUUUUUCAGCGUAUGUGUAACGAAAAGCAAGCUAAUAGUACACUGAACCGACGCACCAUUCAUUUUGUAAGGGACUAACGCUGUAACCCCGAAGACUUGAAGAUAAUUAGCACACAAAUCAACUGAUUUAAAGUUAAACUGGUGGGCGCCGCGCCCCGCGCCACCUAGUUAUUGGUGCUGUUGAAAGUUGAAACAUCGAAGUUCGCUACGUUAGCUGCCACGCACGUAACUACAAGUAUUUUACCCCUAAGGCCACACGGAAUGGAAGGUGACUUACGGCACAACUGUGUACUUCGUGAAACGUGAACGUAGUCAUAUGUUGCGUUUAAAAGACAGUAGCAGCAAGGUGGGAUAUCUACGACUAGCCAUGGAAACUCCUCAGGUGCAAGACACUAACAGAGAAAAAACUGACACUACGACGUCUUCGACCCUAGCUCCAUCCAGUAUCCUAGCAGGUGGCAGCGAAGCCUUUCCUCGAGGUGAAAGUGCUUUUGAACUGUCGCGGCAAUUUUCUGCUAAAUCUCCGUUGGCAAGAGUCCUAUCUGAGUCUUCCACGGAGGACGGCAAACCGCUGCGCCCUAAGAUGGACCUACGAUCAACACCCCGCCGGGCGCCGAGAAAUGGGAAAGCUGCAUUUGCUGCCCGGGUGGAGGGUCAUGCAGGAGAUCCUUCUCGUCCUCCGUGUGAGCAGCAUUCAUUUCUCACAGACAUCACCGACGUGCGCCAAAUGGAACAGGGCCUUCUACAAUUGCUGCACGAUUUUCACUCGGGGAAACUGCAGGCAUUUGGGAAGGACUGCACGUUUGAAAAAAUGGAAAAUGUACGAGAGCAACAGGAGAGGCUGGCAAGGCUUCAUUUUGAACUCAAUGCACAGCAAGAGCUCUGUGGGUCACAGUCAGAAGAAGGUCGUCGUCUAGCAAAGGAGAACUUAACAAAGCUCAUUGAAAAUCUGCAACACCUCAGCCAGUCAAUUGAACAGCUGCAGUCCAACAGCCAAGGAAUGCAGACAGAUGUAUGACGUUUGCCAUAAGGCUGGGAAAUGCUACUUUGAGGCAUAUCCUGGCAGGUGGCACCUUUCCCAUUUGCACAGAUCCUCUUCUCAUGAACAGAAUAUUAGAAACAGCAUAAAGGCUAUUUAUCGUGGGUCUCCCAUGCAGAAAUUGGAUUCUCGGCAAGUGUUCUGGUAUUAGGACUUCUGUGUCAGCGUAUGGGUAUAUCUAUAUGACAUCCACACAUGUGCUGGUGGUCGAAAUGUUGUUCCGACUUGCCCAGUUAGAUGUACAGCAUAUUAAGCAUCUGGUCCACAAUCACUCCAACUGAGGGUUGUCCGGGUGGAACAGAAAAAGUGUAGGUGAUUAUAGGGAAAAUGGCUUGCUUGUUUUUAUCUCUUGUGCAACAACGGAUGUGGCAUUUACUGAAGAUAAAGUGAGGUGUACUCGGCAAAUUUGUACUCUCAGUUAACGAAACUGGGUUGAUUUAUGUGGACUACAAGUACACCUUUAGAGGUGCCUCAGGUGACUACACACUGUUGUGAUCACCUCUUUAAAGUUCACUUAUGAAACUGUGCAUUUAUUAAAGUUCAAUAUUAUGAGA